CUGGCAGAAUACAACGUGGUCUCUGUAUACAUAGUGGAACGUGCCGGAGUCAGUUAAUAACAGGCAGUGACUCGAGGAGUUGACAUUUAUCAGAGGCUGCUCUGCGUCUGACAUCAUUCAUUUCACCUGGCGUGGGAGCCGAGAAUUAAAGACAGACAAAGGGAUUCUGACAUGCACUUUCAGAAAUCACCGAAGGAAAAGGCGUGUUACCCUCUGCCCACAGUGAAGAAACUCCUGGAGCAGAAGAGAAAGAGAGAGACCUCCUCAGCACCACCCUCCUGCUCUGCAGCAUCGUACACUGCAUCUGUCCCAGUGUUGGCAUCAGAACAAUCUCCCACUGCCGGAGCCAGUGCAAGCUACACAGACAUGGGAGCAGUCGGAUAUGACCGAUGGGAAGUUCCCAGCAUUCUUCAGGCACAUUCCUCACUACAGCAGUGCAGCCCUUUCACAUUCAUGCCUAGUUCCUCCGCUGCACCAAACUUUACCCAAACUGGACAGACGCUUGCCACUGGCUACAGCCCUCAGCAAAUGCAAGACUGCCAGGAUGCUCAGACAACACAGCAAUAUUCUAUAACAGAGUGCCCUGUAACUGCAGCCGGGACUGAUAUGACUGGGACUGUCCCCAUUCAGACCUCUGGCUUGUGCUGGCCAUCUGAGUCCAGAGCAGCGGAUCACACAAGCCCAUACCUUCUCCAAGAGUUCAGGCCCCAGAUGGAUAUGGUGAAGCUGCAGGAGGCCAGAGUCUUCCUGCAGAACAUGGAUUACAGUAGGACCACCUGGCAGGAUGAUGAUGGGGACACCAUUCUACAUAUCUACACCGCGAAAGGCCUGAGGGAAUAUGCUUUUGCUGCUGCGGAGAAACUUAGUGAACUGGGGAAGUUGGAUUCUAAAGAACACAAGGGCAAGACUGCUUUGCUUGUGGCUGUAACUGCCAAUCAGCCAGAUAUAGUCCAGGAUCUACUCUCCCUAGGAGCGGACAUCAGCAUCUGUGACGUCAACGGUCAAACUGCACUCCACCUGGCUGCCACCUAUGGUUUCCCUCGUAUCAUGCAGGUUGUUCUCUAUGCUGGACUGCGAGUGGACCUGGAGGCUCGUAAUUUUGAAGGUCUGACUCCUCUGCAUUGUGCAGUGAUCUCUCACUGUGCCACGAUAAAGGCUAUAAAUGCCUCCUCAUCCUCAACAUGGAUACCUGAUGGCAGUCUCCAGACUCAAGCAGAAGACAAACUGCUGUGUUUGCGGCUUCUUAUUAAUGCGGGAGCUUCAGUUCUCAGCCAGGAAAUCAAAAGCAACAAGACAGUUCUUCACCUGGCAGUGAAGGAGGGGAAUAUCCAUCUUGUGCGCUUCCUCCUCAGCCUCCAAUUCUCCAGUAUGCAGGCGUUCAUCAACAUGAAAGCUCAUGGGCACACUGCCCUACACAUGGCCGCGGGGCUGCACGGAAGCCCCUUUCAGGAGGAACUGAUCCGGCUGCUGCUGAGUCGAGGUGCUGAUCCCAGCAUCCGCAACCUGGAGAACGACCAGCCCGCUCAUUUGCUCCAGAGCGGAGACAAAGGAGAGAGACUCAAGCUCAUCUUGAAGAAGAAAAGUGCCUCCUCUAGGCGACGUUUUACAUCCUUACAGGACCAAGAGUGACCAGGACUGAUUUUUAGUCCCAGCGUUUCCCACCUUCUCCAUUAGAAAUGCAAUCAUCAGGAUUUAAUAAUAGUAAGCACACAAAACAUUCAUCUUGAUCAUUUUGCUAACCGUUCAUCAUCAAGAUGUGAAUAAUAAUAAAAAAAAUGUUAAGAUCAGAAAGAGCUUUAAAAAUAAGACCAAAAAUGUAAUCUAUGGAGAAGAAUGGGUUGAUCUUUAGUAUCCUUUUUUUUGAGGAUUUUCACAUAUUACAUCAUUUUUAGUAUGACAGUGUAUUUUUUGAAGGAUCUUUCACUGAUUCUGUACCAUAAAGCUGCUUCCCAGUUUAUUUAAAGACGAAUGCAAAUUUAAGUAUGUUCUUGAAUAGUGAUUUCAAUGAAAUCGUCAUGAGGACUGUCAGUACCAGUCGAGUUUCCAUCUUUGAUUAUAAACCAUAUUGGUUUGCAUUUUUAACUCACUGUAUCAGUGGGAUAUUCUUCAUUUGUUUUGAGAUGUAUUUAUAUAGCUUUUGGCUGGUAUACGUUGCAUAUUCUCUGCGCUCGUGCUCAUGUUACUUUCACUCAGGGUGAAGAUCAGUUAUUUAUUUCAUUCUUUGAUAUGAAUGACAUCAGUUCUCUAUGUAAUGCACUUUU